AUUCAUAUUUUUUACCAGUACUUUAUUAUAUAGAUUCAUCAGAUCCUUGCAAAUGAGGGUUAUCCUAUUUGGAUUGAUGUGAAUGAGAUGAAUAAAUAUGCCAACUUACUUGAGGGAAUGGCGAGGGCUGUCGAGGAGGCCUACGUCAUUUUAAUCUGCUUCUCUGAACAGUACAGAAACAGUCAGAACUGUCGAACAGAGGCAGAUUAUGCAUACGCUCAGCAGAAGAACAUUGUGCCAUUAAAGAUGCAGCGAGGGUAUAAACCUGACGGUUGGCUUGGAGCUCUAAUUGGUGCCCGGCUUUACAUUGAGUUCUCACCACACUAUCCAUUUGAAGAUCAGAUGAUUAAAGUUAGGAACCAGAUUAAACAGGAUGAUGAGCCUCAAAGAGAACCAACACCACUUCCGAAACCUCUACCAGAACCAGCUGUGAGUCCAUUAAGAUCCUGGUCAAAGCAGCAAAUUGAUUCUUGGAUAGCUGAACACAGACUUGAAGGGCCUGGUUUUAAGGCUGUAAAGAGAUUGACAGGUGAACAGUUAGAAAAAUUCCCUUUACAAAGGUGGCCCUCAGUGUCACCGGACACUUUCUAUCGCUGGCUGGAAUCGAAGGUUGAGUUAAAGUCACUAGAAGAUCUUAUGAGAUUUGAUAGGGCAAUUCAAGCAUUAGGAAAGCAUGUAACUCAUUGA